AGCUUUUCAUUUAAGACAAAAAUUAUAAAUCGGCUAAAACUAUUUGUCUCUAUAUAUAGACGGCUUAAUAAAAUAUCAACUCUAGAGCAUGAUUUUUAAAAGCCGUUUUUUGUUGAUGGGUUUGAUAUUAAAACAAAGAUAAAAUCAAUAAUGAACAACUGCUCACAAAAAUGCUAAGAAUGCUUCUGUUGAUUUUAUUUUUAUUAUAUUCUUGUCAAAUUGGACUUUCCUAUACACCUCCUGUACUUUUAGAAGAGCCUGAAGAUACAUUUGGAUAUGAUAAAAAGCCCUUAACUUUAAAAUGUAGAUCAUCUAGUUCACCACCUCCACGGUAUUUAUGGUUUAAAGAUAAUAAUGAAGUUUCUAACACUAGAUAUACAAUUACAAGUGUGGGUGAUCUUGUCAUAUCACCAUUUGUUGCAACUGAAGAUGUUGGAAUAUAUAGAUGUAUGGUUAAAGUAGAUGUUGCAAUAAAUAAUGCUGAAUUAAAACUAGUCUCUAGAAAUGCAAAGGUUCAAAUAGAAGAGUUUCCGCAAAUUUUUGCUUCUGAUAUAUCUGCAACUACUGGUUAUGUUAAUGGGGCAUUGAGAUUAUCUGUAAAUGUGAGUAAUUUUAACCCAAAACCAAAAAUUGGAUGGAACUAUCGAGGAAAACCGUCAGUUCAAGAUAAUGAUCCACGUUUUACUGUACUUUCACAAGGAGUUUUACAAAUAAGUGGGUUGUUGUCAUCAGAUGAUGGAGAAAUCAGAGCUAUUGCUAUAAGCAAAUCUAACAGCAACACUAUGUUUGGAAAGUUUUCUAAAGUUACUGUUGAAGAAGCAUCACUUCGGCCACAAAAUAAAUUGUUUUAUUUUCUUGGAACACCUCAAAAUAUUGAACUUGAAUGGGGCCACUCAACAAUUUUGGAAGCAUUUGCUGACAGUUCUACUUCAGUAUUAUAUACUUGGUUUAAAGAUGGAAAGAAAGUUAUAUUAAGUGAUAGAUUAUCCAUUGUUGGAAAAGGUAAUUUAAAAAUUCAGUUUGCAAAAGAUGAAGAUACUGGUCUAUAUAAAGUUAUAGCAGAAUCAGCUGGUCAGCAAAUUGAAGCCAUUGCGCAAGUCAAAGUUAUCAGUCCUGUUCAAAUUAUUCUAAGUCCUCCACCACAGAUUACUGCUAUGGAGGAAACCCAGGUCAAAGUCAACUUUAGUGUUAGUGGUAAUUCACCUAUUAAUUGGUUUCAUGAUGGAGUCCUUGUUGACACGUCAUCAGCUGACUACUUGCAAUUUGGAACCAACUAUGUUAUUAUAAAUAAUAUAAUAAACUCUGAUGCAGGAAUGUAUCAAGGAAGAAUUGGAAACACAAAUUUACAUAUAUCUUUUGAGCUAAUAGUUAUUCCGAAAGAUUCCAUUCCCACACAAGAUACAGUCAACAGUCUGCUUAUUCCUGGAAAGCCUUUGGAUGUUAUUGCAAAAGCAAGGUCAGCUACAGAGAUUGAUUUGGAAUGGAAAGAACCAGCUGUACCAAAUGGAGUUAUAACCAGUUAUGGAAUCAUUUACUACGAUUCUCCUAGCACAGCAUCUAAAAUUACUGUUACUGAUCCUACUCAAAGAUUUAUAACUGUAAAAAACCUUACUCCUGGAACUACCUACCAAUUUAGAUUACAGGCAUUUAAUAACAAAGGACCAAGUCUUUUAACUGAUGCAGUUGGAGCCCGAACUUUGGAUCUAUCAAGCUUACCAGGGGUUGUAGAAAAUUUAAAAGUUGUUCCAUCUAAAUCUUCAAUGAUAGUUUCUUGGGAUUCACCAAAAAGUGGAGCAGGAAGCAGCGGAACUGGAGCAGGGGUUAGAAGUUAUGCUGUUUUCUAUACACCACAAGGGUUUUCUGGGAAUCCUUUCAAAAAAGUAGGUAGUGGAACUACUUUGCAAGUUGAUGAUCUUACUCCCGGUGCAAGCUAUCGUGUUUGGGUUGUUAGCUACAAUAAUGAUAUUGCUGGGCCUAAAUCCCAAGAGCUUAUUGUAGAUAUUCCAUUUGCAUCUGAAGCUCCUCAACCAGUCAUAAACCUAGUUGUUACUCCAGCAUUAACAACUGUUGCAAAUGUCAAUUGGGAACCUCCUCAAAGUGGCCCUGUACCAACUUCAUAUAAAGUUUAUUAUCAAGAUGCAGAAGAUUCUUCAUCCUCAUUACAAGUGAGCACUUUUUCAAAUCCACCUGCAAACAUUAGAAAUUUACAACCAAACACGCUUUAUGAUUUUUAUGUUGUUGCAUAUAAUGGGGCUGUUGCAGGUUUGAAAUCAAGUAUAAAAAAAGUAAAGAUGCUUGAGGAAGUACCUCCUGCCCCAUCAACACUUAAAAUUGUUUCUAUUGGCAAUGACACAUUAAAAGUGAGGUGGUCACCAAUAGAUUUAAAAAGUUUCCAAGGUAACCUGUUAUCAUAUGAGCUGCAAUACUUUGAAGGGGACUUAAGACACACUGCAAAAGCUAUAUCAAAUAUCCCUAAAUCAUCAAAAGAAUGGAAAAUUACUAAACUUUCCCCUCAGACUGUAUAUAAUAUUAAUGUGAUUGGUGUGAGUGGAAAUGGACGAGGUUCUCCAUCCCCAACAAUAAACGUCAAAACAAGAGAACUUACUUCAGAAGGUCCCAGUGAACCUGCAGACAUAAAAUUGACUCACGAUCCUGAUGUACCUGAUGUUUUAAUGAUAACAUGGGAUGAACCUCUUUAUGUAUCAGGCGAUGUAAAGAGCUAUAUUAUUUAUUAUCGAGCAAACCCAUCAGAUAAUUACAUCAGCAAAACAACUAUUGGUACUGCUAAAGGUUUCAACAUAACUGAUGUUUUGCUUGGGAAGUUGUAUGAAAGUUAUAUGGUAGCUGUCGAUAACAAUGGUCAAGGGAAAAAAUCAUCUGUUUUUGAAAGAAUGACUAUGAUAGAGGAUGUACUACCAGAACCUGUUUCAAAGUUAUCAGUAGACCCUAAGGCAGAUUCAUUAUUUGUUUCAUGGGAACCACCUGUUUCAAGCUUUAAUGUUAUAGUCAGAGGGUAUAAAAUCAACAUUUUUAGUGCAAAGACCAAUGCUGAAAUAUUCCAAGAUACAUUAAUAGGCAGACAGAAUACGCACUUACUACUCUAUAAUGGAAUAGAGCCAAAUGAAAGGUAUACAGUCAAUGUUCAAGCAUUUAACAAGUUUGGGAAAAGCGAUAUUGUUAAAAAGGAUGCUACAACACUUCAAGCAUCAAAGUCUACUAUACUUAUAACUGAUGUGACAAAAAGUUCAAGCACAAUAUUUUUUAAAUGGAUUGAUACUGGUAUUGUAUCUGGUGUUGGAAACUAUAUAGUGAGGUAUGAUGUUUAUGACAUUAAUGGCAUCCCUGAAACUAAAAAUUUAGCAGUGUUUAAGAAUGAAGCACUUAUAACUGAUCUUGUGGCUUUCACUAACUACAAUUUUUAUGUUAAACAUGCUACCGAAACAACAUUCCCAAAAGAUAUAACUGUUUCUGCAAGAACUCUUGAAGCAGUGCCCAGUGCCCCAUUAGAUUUGACUGCACAAGGUAUUGCAGAGUAUCCAUCAUGGUUAAUUUUAAGUUGGCAAGUCCCAAGGUAUCCAAAUGGAAAAAUUAAAGAGUAUGUCAUCUUAUAUUCAGCUGACGAAUCAUUAGACUAUAAAGAAUGGCCUAAGAUUGAAACAAAAAGUAUUAGCAUGACUUACAAUAUAACGCAGCUUACGACUAAUACAAAUUACUUUUUUGUGGUUUAUGCAAUAAAUGGAGCAGGUGAAGGCUCUAAAUCUGCAGUUUAUUCAAAAAAAACAGUUGGUGGUGGUGUUGUUCCUAUUACUGUGAUUGGUGCUGCAGCAAGUAGAGAUUCAGGUGGAUGGUGGUGGUGGUGGUGGAUUAUUCUUGCUAUAAUUUUGUUUAUUUUGCUAUUGUUGUUGUUACUACUUAUUUGUUGCUGUUGUUGUUGUGGAAAAUACACAGAGUGGUGUUGGGGUUGUUGUCCUUGCUGUAAAAAAUGUUGGUUUUGUUGCUGUUUACCUUUGCGCUCAACAUGUUGUUUUUGUUGCAAGUCUGAUAAAAAAAAACUAUAUAUUGCAACUCCUGUUUUGACACAAACCACAAACGAAAAAAUUAAUGGUCAUAUUGUAAAUGAGUCUAAAGAUGUAAAUGUUGAACUAACUCCAUUGACUUCUGCUGUUGAUGGCGAAAUAUACGGAGGUGAUGGAGGUUUGGGAACUAACAAGUCACGCAUGGCAAGCUCAUCACUAAAUUCUAGCAGAAUUUCCUUGGGAAAUGUCAAAGUUCCAGUCCCAAGUGAUGCUUCAUUUAUAUCAUAUAAAACCUCCUUACAGGACUAUUGUCAAAAUACUGGUUGGAUACUUCCUGUCUAUACAACUAGUUUGGGUAACACGGGAUGGACUUCUAAAGUGAGUUUUGGGAAAAUUCAUACCUAUGAAAGUGCUGAAUGUGGAACUUCAAAACAAGAUGCUGAACAACGCGCAGCACAUGCAGGUUUAAUUGGCCUCGGUGUGUUAGAUUUCCGAAGUAAAUAUAGCGAUGAUACCUGCAUUGCUGUUCCUGGACAAGGGGAUGGCUCGUUCAUAUCUUAUAAAUGCAGUUUACAUGAUUUUUGUCAACAGUGCAGUAUACAACCACCAAAAUUUGUUACUUCGAUAUAUGAAAAUGGCUAUUCAUCAUCUGUCAAAGUUGGCCAACACACGUUUAAUACUGUAGGGCGCUCAUCUACUAGUCAGGAAGCUGAGCAAAAAGUAGCGUUUGUUGCUUUACAAGGAUUAUGUAUGGUGGAUUCACAAGCAGUUUAUGAUCCACUAGUAUGCUACACAGUUCCUGGUCCCGGGGACAUUUCUUUUAUUUCAUUUAAAAGUAACCUGCAUGAUUUUUGUCAAAGAUUUGUUCUUCCUCCACCUCAGUAUAUCACAAACCAGGGCCAGCAAGGCUUUUCUGCAAAACUAAAAUUUGGUGGUUUGUUUUUUCAAAGUAAUGAUUUCUUUCAAACUAGACUUGAGGCAGAGCAGCAUGCAGCGUUUGAAGCACUUCAAGGACUAGGUUUAUUAGAAUCAACUGUGACCUUCGAUUCUGCAUGGGAAUCUUCUACUAUACUUCGAGGUAACAACAUGAAACAUGGUAGUGGAAUUAUUACAUUAGGUAAUGUUGGAGGUAGCUUACCCAGGUCCUACUCGCAUCAAAGUAGCAAGCAUUCUAGAUCUGGAUCUAUUUCCACGUCUCGGCAGGGCUCAGCAUCCGAUUUAAAAACAUCACUAAACAUUCCAACAGAUUUUGUGGCGGCAGAAAUAACUCGAUUACCUCCAGCACCUAAUAUUCAAUCCAACCAGAACGUUUCUUUUUCUAUGGGUCCAAGGACAUACAGCUCAGGAAGUGGUUUUGAUCGAACAACAUUAAACGAUAGAGUAGGUUCUUACAGUGCUCUUGGUCGCAUUCCUAGCAAUAAUAAUAUAUUAAAUUAUAAUACAUCUAUUAGCAGUGGUUUCCCAAAAGGUUUGUCAGCCUCACAAACGCAUAUCUCGCAUUCUACCCCAUAUAAAGAAUACAAUGGAGGCGAUGCUUUACUUCGAUUUGAUACGGAUUUUAAGGAUUCUCCUAAAGUCAACUAUAUUUCACAACAACACACUAAAAAAGAGGUUUAUCGUACUGGAAGUGCUUAUUCUUCUUCCUCAAUGACUGUGGAAAGUAGUUCAACCUCUCAGUUUAGUGGACCAAGAAAUUACCCUGGAAGUGUGCGCGAUGUAACCUAUAUUGAAACACCACGCACAGUGCGUACGGCCAGUCACCCGGCGUUGGGAGAUCUUGAAAAUGAAAUGGCAGGUUUAGAAGGUCUAAUCAAAGAUUUAAAUGGGAUUGCCUCAAAACCUUUAUAGUCCAAUGGUUGAAUACGUACUUUAAGAUUACGUCAAAAUAUUAAUUACGAAACUGCUCAAUAUAACAAAGACUUUAUCUGAUGACAAAUUAUUUUUGGGUUUUAUUUAUUAUAGAUGUUUUUGUGUCUUCGCGCAUGUGCGUUUGCGUGUGUUUGUAAUAGCCUGCGUGUUUAUUUGCGUGUCGAGUUGAUUUUUUAAUAAUUUAGUUUUUAUUAGUGAAUUUUUUUAUUUUUUUAAAUCGAAUUUUUUUAUUUAUUUUUGUAAGUGGUCUGAAAUCCAUAUUUUAUAUAAAAUUUCAUUGCAUUAUUUAAUUUUGUUAUUACUAGACUAUAUUUCUAAUUAUUUAUUAAAAGACUUACAUUUUUAAAUUGUUUUUGAAAAAAAUGUUUUCCAUAUCAAGCUUUGCAUGUUUUUUAUAUUUCGUAACGUCGUCGCAAAUAGUCGUUAUUUUUUUCAAACUAUAGUUUGAUUUUUUGCGAUAUAUGAUUCAGUUCUUUUUGCAAUCUUUUAGUGAUGAAGAUUUUAGGAAUUGAGCUGCACAUUAUUUAAAUAUUUAUACAAAAAGUAAAUAGUAGUUUUAAUUUUUUUGAAUUGAAAUAUUCUAAUAAACGUUCAUCUGUUUUUAAUUGUGAAGCCCAUUUGUAUUUUAUUAAGUGUGAUUGUAUUUGCAUGUCCGUUUA